AUGCCGUUUUGUUUUUUUGCUUUUGGGUGGGGGGAGAGGAGUUGAUUCUGCUUCUAAAUGCUUCACAGCAUUAAAUCCCAUUGGAUUAUACAAGCCGUCGGGGACAUUAUGCCCGAAAAUGAUUAAGUCCGUGUUUAGGAAUAUUAAUACCUACUUCACACGUGGAUAUCACGUUGCGGGAUUUUGGCUUAUGGACUGGCCAAGCCACACUGCAGUAGGUAAUGAACUAACGUGAGAGUGACAUUUGUACCACGGAGCACCCAUAACUAUAACAUCUGUACAAGGAACACCGACCCAGAGGAAACCUCAAGCAUAAAGAUGAUUAGGAAAACCAAGGUUCAGGAUCAGCUUUUGGAUGUCUACGACUACGUUAUCAUCGGUGCUGGCAGCUGCGGUGGUGUUUUGGCCAACAGACUCUCCGAAGAUGCUGGAAAAUUCAUCCUGGUUCUUGAGGCCGGUGCCGAUGACCUGGAAAAUCCAGACAUUGCCGUUCCUGGACGUGCAGGCAAACUUCAAGACACAAGUUUUAACUGGGGCUACAGAUCUGUCUCACAAAAGUGGGCGUUUAAAGGUUAUGAAGAGCAGCGGUGCGUUACGCCCCGAGGAAAGGGACUUGGCGGAUCCAGUGCCAUAAACUACAUGGUAUACAUGAGAGGCACACCUCACGAUUAUGACAUCUGGGAGAACAUGGGCUGUACAGGCUGGAGCUACAGAGACGUCCUGCCUUACUUCAUCAAGUCUGAGAGCUGCUUGUCCUCCAGGCUUAGAGAUAACGGAUUUCACGGAUCAGACGGUCCAAUGCUGGUUUCCGAGGGAAGCUUUUCACAAAUUGGGAGUAUUUUUCUUGAUGCUUGGAAGGAGUUCGGAUACCCAGAGACAGAUUGUAAUGGGAAUGAUCCUAUAGGUUUCAUGAAGGUCCAGGCUAACAUCGGAGAUGGCGUUCGUCAGAGUUCGGCGGAGUGCUACCUUCGGCCUGCGUCAGGACGGGACAACCUGCACAUUGCUACACACUGUCACGUCACGAAGAUACAUGUAGAUAGCAAAAUAGCUCGCGCUGUGGAAUUUGUACGGAAGGGCGAGAAACAGCUCGUCCGUGCACGACGCGAAAUCCUCUUGUGUGCCGGAGCUAUUGGCUCUCCACAGAUAUUAAUGCUGUCAGGCAUUGGUCAACGGGCACAUCUUCAGGAUUUGGGGAUUCCUGUGGAGACAGACUUGCCUGUAGGAGAAAAUUUCCAGGAUCACUGCGGCGCUUUAGGGAUGGAAUUCGAAAUAGAUCAUUCUUAUUCUCCAAGGGACUCGAAGGAAAGUGACGACCUGUAUAACAACCUGAGAGCAGGGCAUUUGGGAACCAAUAUUGGGGCAUGCACUGGAUUACUCAAAACUGAUAUUUGGGAAGCGAUGAUCGCCGGAAACGUGGGAGAGAACGGUGUUAUGAUCACUCUUAAUGUGACCCACCCGAAGAGCCGAGGGACAAUCCGAUUGGCUAGCACUGACCCCUUCACCCCGCCCGUGAUCGACCCCAAUACAUUUUCUCAUCCAGAUGACGUUAAGGUGUUGGUUGAAGGUUUGAAGAUCAUAUUGAAGGUAAUCCAGACAACUCCCUUGAAAGCUAUUGGCGUAAAACCAAAUCGUCGAAUUUUGCCCGGGUAUAAAGGAACACCAUUUACCGACGAGUACUGGGAAGAGUUCGUUAGAACUAUGACUUUUAACACUUAUCACCCAGCGGGCACGUGCAGAAUGGGGCGGCUCCGUGACCCCUCAACAGUUGUAGAUUCUCAGCUUCGUGUAAAAGGAAUCGAUCGUUUGCGUGUUGUGGACGCCUCUAUCAUGCCGGAGAUUACGUCAGCCAAUCUCAACGCCACCUGUAUUAUGAUCGCAGAGAAAGCAGCUGAUAUGAUUAAGGGGAACAACCAUGUGGCUCGUUUAUAAUGAGUCGUUAUAUCAAUUACUCUACUACCUUCCAUUUGUAACAAAAUUUGUGAAUGUUAUUGCCUUUCCUAUGCUAUUUUGCAGAAAUAUAAUGCCUGCGUUGUGUAUGAUUUUGUUCAAAAGCGUGUAAGAAGAAGACAUUUCUUCUGUAAGAAUCAGUAUCUGAUAUAGCCUCUAUAAUAUUUAGCUUAGAGCACGAUACGCCUUGAAUGCACUUCAUCAUAUUUUUUGAUGAUAAACUUCAUACCGGUUCAUUUUAUGUUAUCAUUUCCAUACAAAUUGCGCGGAAAAUACUUCUUUGGCUACCUUGGAUCAAGUUCAUUGGAGAUGUUUUAUGUUGUCAGAUAUCACAUAAAUCAGGAAUUAUGUCAACUGCCCGGGAAUCAGCUUGCUGUUUCUAUUGAUCUUUGAUUCUCGAUCACCCUAUCACCAGUGAAGUUAACUUUCAAACGGUACUGAUUCUGUGAAUUAAUUUUAAAAGAAAUUCUGUUGUCUGAGUGAUGCCAGAAUAUAAUAUCUGCUAUUACAGCAGGUUAUUCUGCUAAACAUUACACACAUAUCCUAUUAUUUUAACAUAAAGACUCUAUAGGACUAACAAGAUGUUAUGUUGAAUACGACAGAGUAUUAUCUUAUAAUAACCGAAUACAUAAUAGCAUUACUCAGGCAAAAGACCUUCUUUUAAAAUUAACAGAUUGAAUUUUUAAGUGUAAAGUAGGAUGAGCCUCGCUUUCAGGACCGUCCUUGCAGAACAGCAACAUACCCACAACAUGUGGCAUGCAGUAAUAUAUAAAUGUUUGGGGACGUUCGUAAAUGAGUAUGGGAAUAAUGCUCUGUGGACGUCUGCGCGGAAGUUUAACCUUAUCUUGUGGUCUUCUCACUUUGAUAGUUAUAUAUAUCCUCGAUUAUUUUCGGAUCAUUGUGUAGCGUACAGCGUCAUUGUGUUACUUGAUUCACUUAAUGGUUUAAGGAUUUUAGUCAUCCAUAUAGUCAAUGUAAAUAAAUAACGUUCGCGAAGUACAUA